AUGUGCAUAAAAUAUCUCACACAGGGAAGAAGCUGUUUUCCUGUUCUGAGUGCGGGAAAUGUUUUUCAUGCAAGUCUCAUCUUUCCAUACAUCAGAGAUCUCACACGGGGGAGAGAAGCGUAUUCCUGUCUGAGUGUGGGGAAAUCUUUUUCUGAUAAGUCCAAUCUUUACACACAUCAGAGAUCUCACAAGGGGGAUAAGCCAUUUUCCUGUCCUGUGUGUGGGAAAUGUUUUUCACAGAAGUCUGGUCUUUACAGACAUCAGAGAUGUCACACAGGAGAGAAGCCAUAUACCUGUUCUGAGUGCGGGAAAUGUUUUUCACAGAAGUGCCAGUCUUUUACAGACAUCAGAGAUCUCACACGGGGGAGAAGCCAUAUUCUUGUCCUGAGUGUGGGAAAUGUUUUUCACGGAAUUCGCAUCUUUCCAGACAUCAGCGAUCUCACACAGGGAGAAGCCACUUUCCUGUCCUGA